GAAAAACGAAAGAAAGAAAUCAAUCGAAAGUGUUUGUCUGAAACAAUUUGCGAUCUCACAAUGCAUUUUUGUUUUGUUACGAAAUAAAGUUUCUUUGUAUUGUUAGCAUCCAUUACAAAACGUAGUAUUUAAAAGUAAGUAGAUAUUUAACGGAAAAUUAAGACUAGAAAAGUUAUGCGCCCAGGUCAACGGUGCCCAAUAGAAACUGAUUAUUACCAAUUAUUAUGCUGAACGAGAAUGAAACGACCUUAGAAAACAUCAUUCAUUUGUUCAAUCAUCAACACUUCACAUUUCCAAAUCACAUUACAUCGCACACAAUAAACAUCAUAGAAAAAAACAUGUCCACAUUAAAUUUAUGCGAAUCAAUGGCACCCCAAACAUUCCAACCAAGGGACAAGGUGGGAAUUGGCGCCCGAAUCAUGCGUCAGCUUAGACGAAACAGUUCGUCGGAGCCCGCGAAGCCACCAUCCAACAAUUUGAAGAAAAAGAACAUGAAUUCAAAGGCAAUAGAAAAACUCUAUUUGAACAAGUCAUUGGGACGUUUGAAACACACACAACUGGAAACCAUCUUCGAGCUUGAAGAAGAAACUGAUGCCAACGAAAAUGCCAUCGAUGAAUCAAAAGUGUUUGGAAAAAGAAAAAUAAAGCGAAGCCUUUCAUACACUGACGACCGGAAACCCUCGAAAACGUUGAAACAAAAACGAAAGCGUCGCAUCCAGAAAAUGUUUGGCGUUCACAAAAAACUCAAACCGAUUUCCAUGAAGAAGUUUCUCGAACGUCUUCAAUCCAAUGAUGUGGUUGAUGUCUCGGCGCCACAAUCGACAGUUGGGGCUUAAUUAAAUUUUAUUUAUCGACUCAAACACCUAUGUUUUUAUUAAUAAUAAUUCAAAACUGCCUUUAAACAAAUUUACGAUAUUCUUAAAAAUAAAUUCGUCGGUGUUCACAAAUAUAUAUUUUUUUUUUUUGAAUUUAUCAAAUUCCACAUAUAAAACCAAUAGAGUUUUGACAUUUGAACAUUCACAUUCAUAGUCAGGGUUUU